AUGCUUGGAUUUGGUCGCCCUCGCCUCAAACACAACAAGUCUAUCGUUGAGUUUAUCACUGGCAAAACCAUUGAGGAGCUCUCCGACCUCAACUACGUUCAACUACAGCUAGCUCUCCCCGACCUACUUGAAGACGAGCUUGACGGCGAUCUUCCAGGUCCUAGUACCUUCAACGCAUCCUCUAUCUUUGCCUUUCCGCAACCACUCCAUAACCUCCACUCAACUACCCGAACGUACCGAAAGAUGCCUGCUGCAAAGAAUUCCAAAAAUGUCAGCGACGAUGACAAGCAGGCCGGCUCUAUCUUCUCCGUCUCUGGACCCGUCAUUAUCGCCGAACACAUGACUGGUGUUGCUAUGUACGAGCUCUGCAAAGUUGGCUAUGAUGAGCUCUCUGGUGAAGUCAUCCGAAUUGAGGCUGAUAAGGCUACCAUUCAGGUCUAUGAGGAGACGGCCGGUGUGACUGUUGGUGAUCCCGUCUUUCGAACCGGCAAGCCCCUGUCGGUCGAACUGGGCCCUGGCUUGAUGGAGACAAUCUAUGACGGAAUUCAGCGACCUCUGAAGACCAUUGCCGGCACCACCAACAGUAUUUAUAUCCCCCGUGGUAUUGCGGUCCCCGCUCUCGACCGAACGAAGAAGUGGCCUUUCACUCCAACUGCAAAAGAAGGUGACAACAUCAGUGGCGGCGAUGUCUGGGGAACUGUCGUUGAAAACACUCUCCUCAACGAGCAUCGGAUUUUGCUACCGCCCAGAGCGAAGGGAACGAUCAAGAAGAUUGCCCAAAAGGGCGACUACACAGUUGACCAGCCCUUGCUUACCCUGGAAUUCGAUGGGGAGACAAAGGAAUACCCGAUGAUGCACACAUGGCCAGUUCGUGUGCCUCGACCUGUCAGUGAGCGCCUCGAAGCAAACUCACCUUUCAUUGUCGGUCAGCGCGUGCUCGAUGCCCUGUUCCCUUCCGUUCAAGGCGGCACUGUCUGUAUUCCUGGAGCUUUCGGUUGUGGUAAGACCGUUAUCUCACAAUCAGUUUCCAAAUUCUCAAACAGUGACAUCAUCGUCUACGUCGGAUGCGGUGAACGAGGCAACGAAAUGGCCGAGGUGCUAAUGGACUUCCCAGAGCUUUCCAUUACUAUUGACGGUCGAAAAGAGGCUAUCAUGAAGCGUACCUGCUUGAUUGCCAAUACCUCCAACAUGCCUGUGGCGGCUCGUGAAGCUUCCAUCUAUACUGGCAUCACUGUAGCUGAAUAUUUCCGAGAUCAAGGCAAAGCAGUUGCAAUGAUGGCUGAUUCCUCUUCUCGAUGGGCUGAAGCUUUACGAGAACUUUCUGGUCGUCUCGGAGAAAUGCCUGCUGAUCAAGGUUUCCCUGCCUAUCUUUCGGCCAAACUUGCCUCCUUCUACGAGCGUGCAGGUGCAUCCGUUGCUCUUGGUUCACCCGAACGAAAGGGCAGCAUCUCGAUUGUGGGCGCUGUCUCCCCCCCUGGUGGUGAUUUCUCCGACCCUGUUACUUCUGCAACCCUUGGUAUUGUCCAAGUCUUCUGGGGGCUAGACAAGAAGUUGGCUCAACGAAAACAUUUCCCUAGCAUCAACACUUCUUUGUCAUACAGCAAGUACACCAAUAUUCUCGAUAAGUUCUACGAGAAAGAUCAUCCGGAAUUCCCCAAACUACGGACGCGCAUCAAGGAAUUGCUGACCAAUUCUGAAGAUCUUGAUCAAGUGGUGCAACUGGUUGGCAAAUCCGCGCUCGGUGACUCAGACAAAAUUAUUCUUGACGUUGCUGCCAUGUUGAAGGACGACUUCUUGCAACAAAACGGAUACAGCGAUUACGACCAAUUUUGCCCGCUAUGGAAGACAGAGUACAUGAUGAAGGGCUUCAUGCAAUUCCAUGACGAGGCUCAAAAGGCCGUGUCAAGUGGUCUCUCCUGGGCGAAGAUUAGAGAGGCGACUUCCGAGAUCCAACACGGACUGAGAAGCAUGAAGUUCGAGCUGCCAGACAACCAGGAAGAGGUCAGCGGUAAAUACGACAAGCUUUUGCAGAACAUCUCUGAGAAGUUUGCAAGUGUUUCGGACGAAUAA